AUGCCCUUUUGCUAUGAUGUAGUUAAUGUUUCCUGUGUAAAAAGCAACUGGUCAAAAGAUAUCCGUGCUACCCUGUACAGUUUAAUGGUGCUGGUAAUUCUGACCACACUGGUGGGCAAUCUGAUCGUUAUUGUUUCUAUAUCACACUUCAAGCAGCUUCAUACUCCAACGAAUUGGCUCAUUCAUUCCAUGGCCACAGUGGACUUUCUGCUGGGCUGCCUGGUCAUGCCUUACAGUAUGGUGAGAUCGGUGGAGCACUGCUGGUACUUUGGCGAAGUCUUCUGUAAAAUCCACACAAGCACUGAUAUUAUGCUGAGCUCAGCAUCCAUUUUCCACUUGUCCUUCAUUUCCAUCGAUCGCUACUGUGCUGUGUGCGACCCAUUGAGAUACAAAGCCAGGAUCAGUAUCUUGGUUGUUUUUGUGAUGAUCUUCAUCAGCUGGGGUGUCCCUGCUAUUUUUGCUUUUGGAAUGAUCUUCCUGGAGCUAAACAUCAAAGGAGCUGAAGAGAUCUAUUACCAGCACAUUCACUGCGUAGGAGGCUGCUCUGUCUUCUUCAGCAAAACCUCCGGGGUACUGGCCUUCAUGACAUCUUUCUACAUACCUGGAUCCAUCAUGCUGUCGAUCUAUUACAGAAUAUAUUUCAUAGCUAGAGGACAGGCUAGGUCAAUCAAUGAUGCAAAACUGAAGCUUCAAAUCCGGUUGGAGGAGAACCACGGAGUGUCACAAAGCAAAGAACAGAAAGCAGCCAAGACCUUAGGGAUUGUGAUGGGGGUGUUCCUGAUAUGCUGGUGCCCUUUCUUUGUCUGCACGGUGGCAGAUCCUUUCUUGGACUACACGAUCCCACAGACAUUGAAUGAAGCUUUGAUUUGGUUUGGCUACUUGAACUCUACUUUUAAUCCAAUGGUGUAUGCUUUUUUCUAUCCUUGGUUCAGAAGGGCACUGAAGAUGAUUUUAUUCGGCAAAAUUUUCCAAAAGGAUUCAUCUCGAUGUAAAUUGCUUUCAGAAUCACAUCCAUAG